AGGUAGCUGGCAAACCUUAGCGAGCUACGUUUCCCAGAAGGCACAACGUCAGUGGCUGUAUUAUUGUACACAAUCAUCAUGGCGUCUGAGUGCGGAGCUGAAGGUAUGGUGAAAACUGAAGAUGCCAUUGAGGAACAGUAUGGAAAUGUUUGUGAAGGUGGAAGCCCAGCCGGCUGUGCACAAGAAUCUCGGACAGACAGUGAAAUCCCUGUCAGCAAUGGGGGGGAAACUGUUGAGGAUAAAGAAAUGGUGGACUUGAAAAUUAUCUGGAACAAGAACAAGUAUGAUUUAAAAAUCUCUCUUGAUGGAACAGGAGCCAACCUGAAAGAGAAAAUUAACUCCCUAACAGGUCUUCCCCCUGCUAUGCAAAAAGUGAUGUACAAGGGAUUGCUGCCAGAAGACAAGACGCUACGGGAAAUCAAAGUAACAAAUGGUGCAAAAAUAAUGGUUGUGGGAUCCACAAUUAAUGAUGUACUAGCAGUCAAUACACCCAAAGAAGUUGUUCAGCAAGAGGUAAAAGCUGAAGAAAAUAAAAAAGAGCCUUUAUGUCAACAAAAACAACACAGAAAAGUGCUGGAUAAAGGAAAACCUGAAGAUAUUAUGCCCUCUCUAAAAGGAAUCAAGGAGCGUUUGCCAACUGUGCCUUUGUCAGGGAUGUACAACAAAUCAGGCGGAAAAGUACGACUCACCUUCAAGCUGGAACAAGACCAGCUUUGGAUUGGAACAAAGGAACGAACUGAAAAAAUUCCAAUGGGCUCCAUCAAGAACGUGGUGACUGAACCAAUUGAAGGUCAUGAGGACUAUUAUAUGAUGGCAUUUCAGCUUGGUCCUACAGAAGCUUCUCAGUAUUGGGUAUAUUGGGUGCCUGCACAAUAUGUAGAUGCAAUCAAAGACACAGUCCUGGGAAAAUGGCAAUAUUUUUAAAUUUGCCUCCCUGACAAUGAAGAUCUGAUACAGAACAAAACUAAAGUGAACAAAGUGUCAAGAAAAACUCUGUCAUGAAGAACCAUGAAAGCCAGACACUGUGUUUUGUUAUGGGCUUUUUCUUAAGACAAAUAAGUUGCUGGAUCCCAUUUUAUUGGCACACUUCAUCAUAUGUUUUUAAAGGAAGCCUAAUGAAAACCAAUGAUAGAAUUGUACAUAAGAUGUCGAUAUUUUUUUCUCCCAGUCAUUCUUGAAGAAAUAAACUUAUUUAAGAAAAUAAAUAUUCUAGGACAUUU